GACAGUUGUAAGAAAGUUGAAAAAGUGUUGAAAGUGUAAAGUCAGUGUUCAUAGAAAGUCCUGGCGGCUCUGGGAAGAAGACCAUCCUUUCACCUCCGUAGUAAUUUUAGAAAUUUGUCGGUCAGGAUGUUUUCCACGAACUCUAGAUGUCUCAGCCAAGUUACGAAUCUCCAGAAACUCAUGGGAUUCUUUGGCGCCAGUAAAAACAACUUUGCAACAGAAGUAACUUUGGAUGUCAAGCCAUUUAAAUUACAUCGUCUAGAAACUGGUCCAGUUACCAGCGUCAGCCUAUCAAAAGAAGAAGCUUUAAAAUACUACACUCAAAUGCAAACAAUCCGUAGGAUAGAAACAGCAGCUGGUAAUCUUUACAAGGAAAAAAUCAUCCGUGGUUUUUGUCAUCUUUAUUCAGGCCAGGAAGCCUGCGCUGUUGGAAUGAAAGCUGUCAUGCGCCCUGAUGAUUCAAUCAUCUCUGCCUAUCGAGUUCACGGGUGGUCUUAUCUGAUGGACAUCUCCCCUGUGGGAGUUUUAGCAGAAUUGACUGGUCGCAAAUCAGGUGCUGCAAGAGGCAAGGGUGGCUCCAUGCAUUUAUAUUCAAAGAAUUUCUACGGUGGAAAUGGAAUUGUUGGAGCUCAGGUACCCUUGGGCGCAGGUAUUGCGUUAGCAGCAAAAUACAAAGGCAAUGAUGGAGUUUGCUUCACACUCUAUGGUGAUGGGGCAGCAAACCAGGGACAAGUUUUUGAAGCGUACAAUAUGUCCAAACUAUGGGAUAUUCCCGCUAUUUUUGUUUGUGAAAACAAUGGUUACGGAAUGGGGACCUCAGCUGAAAGAGCUGCUGCAUCUGCUCAGUAUUACACUAGAGGAGACUACAUUCCAGGAAUUUGGGUCGAUGGUAUGGACGUUUUAGCAGUGAAAUCAGCUGCGGAAUUUGCAAUUGAGCAUUGCAAAGCCGGAAAAGGGCCCAUCGUGCUAGAAACAGCAACUUAUCGAUACUCUGGACAUUCCAUGUCAGAUCCUGGCACAAGUUAUCGUACUCGUGAUGAAAUUCAAGAAGUCAGGCAAACUAGAGACCCAAUCACCUCAUUUAAAGAGAAAAUUAUUAAUGCAGGUCUAGUCACUCCAGAUGAACUUAAGAAAGUGGAUGGUGAUGUGAAGUCUGAAGUAGAUAAGGCAGCAAAAAUUGCUAAAUCAGAUGCUGAAACAGGAAGUGAUGAUCUGGCCGGAGAUAUCUAUGUAGUCAAUUUGGAACCAAAAAUUCGGGGCGUCCACCCUUGGAGCACAAUUCAGCAUAAGCGUAUUGGGCCAGCUCUCAAUGCAUCGUAGGUUUGACUGUUGUUUAAAUUAUUCUCCAAAAUUUGAAGAUCAAAGGUAAGAAAAUCUGUUUCAAUCUGAGAACAUCUUAAAAAAUGUAUGAAUCACAACUCGGUCUCAUCUUACCUUUUUGAGAAAGAAAUUUCAAAUGAAAUCAAUCGCAUCUCAUGCAUCAACCCCGGUGAAAAAAUAUGACCAAGCUUUUUCAUGCUUCUCAUAAUGAAAAUGUAUUUACAUACAAACAUAAUAGGAAAUUUCAGAAUUUUUUCCCUGGGAAUGAAAAUUGUUUUAAGAAAAGUAGGUGUGCGCUUUAAAAGGAAUUACAUAUGCAAUUUCUGCUCUUUCUUCCUUUUUUUUCUAUCCCCUUUUUGUGGAUUGGAGUUAAGAAUUUUUGUUUGCCCGAUAUUUCAAGGAUUAAUAAAGAACGCUACAAUCCCUGGGCCUCAAUGGCUUAGUAGUGUUUCAUUUCCAUGGGAGAAAUUCAAAGUUGACUUGUUAUCUUAAAAAAGCUUAAUGGAUUUUUUUUUUCGAUUUUGACAAUAAAGUCUCAAAAAAUUCUUUGAAUUUCGAAGCAUUUAACUUGUUUCAUGCUUGAAUCAAUGAUACUUAUUGUUAGCUUAGUGAAGACCUGUGGCAAAAUCAUCUGCAGAUUUUUCUUUCUUUACUUACUGCCAUAAAAGAGAAGAAAAAAAAAGUAUCCGAAAUAACAUACUUACUCAAUACUAAACAUUUUUGAAUCUGUGAUAAAUUUGCACAAAAAGUGGUUCCCCUAAUGUUCUGUAAGCAUCAUUAGGUUAACCCUAUAUUAGUGUGGGGCUGCAACAGAUUCUCUAUGAUACUGGAAGUGGAACUAAAUAUGGAUCUUUUGUAUUCAGCCUGCCACAGAUAUUGUUGAUUUUACUGAAGUAGUCAAAUUCGUACCAUCUCAGUGUAGAAAUAAUUUCAGAAGUUUAAGGUUAGGCUAUCUUUUUAAUUUCAAACAAUCCUGCUGAAAUUGUCUCCCGUAUUACUAUUUUCUCUCCCUUUUUUUAAAAAAACAUUUGCAUACAUCUUGUCAAAAGAAAGAUGAUGGAAUUCUAUUCAUUCAGUCAUGGAUAGUUUUUGAAAGAAAAUGAACUGUUACCUAAUUUAUUGUUGCCGAAAAUUCCUUUUUGUUUGAUUUCUUUCCCUUUGGUUCAUACAAAUUUAUUGAGGCUCCUCUGUACUCUCUUUAUGGUAAUUUUUUUCAAAACAAAAAUCAUUUAAUGUUCAUGUGUUUUAAAGCCAGGAAGUUGGUAUGAUUUGAUUUUUCUUCUGCUUCUAGAAUAUUAAUGUUGGCAGACUUAUACAGUGAUCUUGUAUGAAAAGAAAUACAAAUGCUUUCCUGUCAAUUUCAAUGUUUUCAGCUAAUUUUAGCCAAGCUCAGAUACUUUCUCAAGCUUUUUUUCUAUUUGUACUGGUUUCUUCAAUAUCGAUAGCGUAACUUUAUUCUUGUGUUGUACAAAGUUUAUGUCUAAAAAUUGCGUGGUGGAAAUUUUAAUUUUGUGAGAUAGUUUAAUAUCUCUUAGUGUAUGUAUAUUGCUUGUCCUGCAGUUGUUAGAUGACUCUGACACCUUAUUGAGACAAACUAGCAAUUCAACUAUUUCAUCUUUAUGAGUGUAUGAUAUUUACCAGGUCUACUGAUCUUAAUGAUCCGAAAACUUGGUAAAUUGGGUGUAUCAAUCCAAGUCGCUCCAUGUUUACAAAUGUAAAUUCAACAACUGACCCCUUGAUUCACUUUGGAUACCGUCAUGUUUUCCUGUAGACUUUUGUUAAGGCUCCACUAGUACCAUGUAUUAUCUUUCCUCCCAAAUCAAUUAUUAACUUUGUAUUUCGUUAACUUAUUAAUCAGGUAAAAUACUGAAAUGAUAAAAAACAGUGCAAAUUUCUUACUCACGUCUUUUACCAAAUGUUCUCUUGUUAAGAGAAUUUUGGUAUGAAAAUAUUAUGUGAAUGAGUUUUUAGAAAAGUUAAGAAAUGUGAAAAUAUUUUUGUAGACAUUCCAAUCUAGUUGUGUAAGUUCAUCGAUUGAUGAAGCUGAAUUGUUUUCAGGUAAGAAGGCAGUAAUUUCAUGAAAAUUUGCGGUCAUUGAUUAUAUGAUGCAGUGGCUAUUAGGCUCCCGUUUUGGCUUUAUAAUAAUACUAAUAGAGAGCUGUCUUAGGAGUCCAAGUAUGCAUACAUUUUUAAUUUUUUGCUGAAUGAAUAAUGAAGUGUAAAAGCAAGGAACUCAAGUUCUUCGUCAAAGUCCUAUAACAAAUAAAACAGAAGUAUCAUUCACCCCAAUUGCAUAGUUUAUCUUAUACCCACAAAAUAAAGUUUGUUUUCACAGUCUUUCUACAGCUGUGAUACUCAACUAUUUCACAACCAUAAUGAAAAAAACUAAAUUAUUCUUUCCAUUAGUUUACUUUGAACUUUUUCUCUUCAGCACAAGAAUUCAACAGUUUGGAUGCUGGCAAAUAUUUUUAGCCAUUUUUAUCUCCGAUUUUUUGAAAAUUAUAAUUACAUACAUGUUAUUUAUACUUUCCCCCCAUAAAUUAGGACAUUAACUCAAUUUUGAAUGUCCAGCACAUGCCACUUUAUUUUCAGUUUUUUACUACUUCCGAGAAAAUAAGCCCUUUUUCUGUGAAAGAGCAUAAAGGCCUGGAGUAAUGUUGCUAAGAUUGCGUGACUUUAUGCAUUUUUCCUGAAGACUAUGAUUUGCAUCUCUACCCGUUUUCCUGCAAAAAUGAUCAUAACAAAUUUUUUGUUAUUUUUUGUUUGUGAAUUUUUCUCAUCACAAACUUCAUGUAAAAUUGCACAAAUUUAGGAGCAUCUCCAAGACUUUAUUCCCUUUCACCGAAGAAUGCCUUGAAUAUAUUCGGCCGUAAAUUGAGAUCAUUCCUCAAUUAAGUUCCUGGUGAUUUGCUUAAUGUAUCAAUUAUUUUCAUUUAUAGUUGCAUUUAAUAAUAAAAAAAAAAAUGGUACCUUUGCCCUCUCCUUUAGUCAAUCUCCCUAUAGAUCCGUCAAUGUGUAAGUUUCUCUCAUCCAAGGUUGUACAUCUUUAUCCUUUAAUUAAUUAGAAUUCUCAUUUUUUCACUUAAAUAAUUUGUUUGUAUCAAAACCUAUCUCAUGAACCAUUUUGGCUCAAGAAAAAACCACAAUAAUUGUACUAAUUUUUCUCCUUCUUUCAUAAAAUUUAAUUCAGAAGAUCAUGUUUUUGCCGCUGUAUGCAAUGUACUAAUAGAUGGAGAAUUUCAAUGCUUUCAACUGCUAUUUCACCAUUUUCUGCUAUGGAGCUAUAUAUAUCAGGUACGAUUUUACAAGCAUUAUUGACUCAGAAUGCAGUGUAAAAAACUGGAUUGUUUAAUGUAAAGUCGGUCCUGCUUGAGCACAUGGAAACAUAAUUUUUACCAGAUCCAUGCAUAAAGUUUUCCUUCGGAUUAUCCCAUGUUUUUGAUGUUAUGCUCUGAGGGUGGAGUUGUUCCUUUCAUUCAAUUUUUUUUUCUUUGCAUAGCUGUAUAAUGUCGUUUUAAAUAGCUAUGCAUCUACUCAAACAGGUAGCUGUCAUCGAACUGCUUAAUCAAAAUUAUCAUCCAGAAUUCGAAUUAAUGGAUUAGUUGGUUGUUCUUGGAUAAUAUGCUCGUGGAAGAGAAGUUACUUGUUCUGUUGGAUUUAUCGCAUUCUCACUUUAAAGAAAGGUCUUAUUUUUUCCUAGUUGAAUCUAUAUCCCUACACUACAUUACGUUAAGAGCAAAUAUGAGAUCAAAUAUUGGGCGAGGGGAUUCUCUAAAUUCUCGUAUUCUACUGUUUUAAAAAUAAUGACUAAAAUCCUAACAGACCACGCAAGAAAGAAAAAUCCAACUGUACAAUUUCAAUUUCCUCAGUGGCAAUAGCUGUAAGUGAAAAUUACAUUAGAAUUCUCAUUUGUAAUUUAUGAUUGUUAAAGAAUAUUGUUGUUCUUUGUAGCUGUAAGCUUUAUUUUUUGUGCUAUCAAAUGGCUUGUUUAAAAACCUCAGGUUUUUUUCUUUCAUUAGCUGGUAUCAUGUUCUCUCUGUUUUGUUAAAUCUACAUUUCUAAAAAUGUUUUCAAAUUUCAAUGAAUAAACUGAAUUUGAUUUAUAAUA